UAACAUGAUGCUGUUGAUUUGCUGUACACAAGUAGCAAAUGCUGCCUAUAAUUCAGGGUGUCCAUACAUGUGCUAUUACGAUGUAAAAGUACUGUGUUUGUGUGUAUCGAUUUAGCCUACUUGGUGAUGCAGUCCUUUUUUAUACUCCAGAUUUCUGGAGAGUGGUCUCGAGGACUUUUUGUGAUCAAACCUGAAGAUGAGGACAUUCACACUGCCAAUGAGCGCAGGCUAAAGGAGCUGAUAGGUGCACCUGCAGGGAAGCUGCACACUGGCAGGAGCAGAAACGACCAGGUUGUGACUGACAUGAGGUUGUGGCUGAGAGAUGCCAUCUCAACCCUGACAGACAAUGCCCUACAGCUGAUGUCCACCAUGGUGGAGCGGGCAGCAGCAGAAAUUGACGUCCUCUUUCCUGGUUACACCCACAUGCAGAGAGCUCAGCCAAUCAGAUGGAGCCACUGGAUUCUCAGUCAGUGUGCUGGGUUCAUGAUGACACUGAAGGGCCUGCCCAGCAGCUACAACAAAGACCUGCAGGAGGACAAGGAGGCCAUGUUUGACUGCUAUGAUACGGUUCACGCUGUGCUGCAGGUGACAACUGGAGUCAUGUCAACUCUCAAGAUUAACCAGAGUGUGAUGGAAGCCGCUCUCAGUUCGGACAUGUUGGCUACUGACUUGGCCUACUACCUUGUGAGGAAGGGGGUGCCGUUCAGAGAGGCCCAUGGUAUUUCAGGUAAAGCUGUGUUUGCAGCUGAAUCCAAAAAUAUCGCCCUGAAUCAACUCACUGUGGGUGACCUGAGUGCUGUUAGCCCUCUGUUUGGAAGUGACGUAUCCUCAGUGUGGGACUACAGGAGCAGUGUGGAGCAGUACAGCGCCCCCGGAGGCACAGCCAAGUGUAGCGUUGCUGCACAGGUAGAACACCUGAGGAACUGGCUCCAUGUUUUAGUUUGUACUGCAGAACGCCCUGUGGAUUUUCACUCCGAUGCCUCUCGACAACCUGUUCACGGUUUUUAGUUGGAACUAUAAAGCAUGGAUCCGCCUUUUUCGGAGAAUCAUCAGGAUGCUCAAUAAUGCAAAUUCCUCCACUUUGGGGAAGGAAUCCGAAGUGUGUUAACAGAACAUCAGGCAAUGUCUGAUCAGCACCGAUCCUCAACAACGCCCAGUCAUGCUUGUGCCCUGACGCAUCAUGGCAGUUUUCAAAUCCAGCAACUUCUUCCACUUCUACUCCUGACUCCAUCUGGCCUACACUUUCAUAAGAGAAAUCGACUGUGAGCUUCUCAUUAAGCUGCCCUGUACUCUCAUUUUUUCUUUUUCAGGCUGAGUUGUAAUGACAGACAAGAAGGUGAUGUAGUAUCUUACCAACAAGAAAAGGUCAUACAAAUUAUUAACUGUUACAGUACACAUGGAAUCCUCAUUAUCAAUGAUAUGUAUUGUGAUUUACUAAUGACACCGCAAUAAAAACCACAGAUGUAACAUG